UUUUCACAAUUUACACUCUUUCAUGUCAAAGUUGUUUUUAAAGAAGUUGUGAAAUAGAGAAGCACAUCUUGGUUUCCCAAACCCAUCCCUUGUUUUCGCUUUCAUAAAGUUCAUGGCUACUACCAUUUUGUUCCUCCUCUCUUUUGCAUUAUUUGCUCCAUUCUCAUCUUUAACACCGGAAGCUAUGAGUAAAGGAGCAUCUCUUUCCGUUGAGGAUCCAGAAGUUUUGAUAUCACCAAAUGGUGUUUUCUCUGCUGGAUUUUACUCUGUCGGUGAUAAUGCCUUUUGCUUUGCCAUAUGGUUCAGCAAACUACCGUCCCAUGUUGAUUCACACGCCAACACCAUAGUUUGGACGGCAAAUCGUGACCAGCCAGUUAAUGGAAAGAGCUCAAAGCUCUCCCUCCUCAAAAAUGGCAAUCUAAUCUUAACUGAUGCUGGUAAGUUCACCGUUUGGGCCACAGACACUUUCUCACUCUCCUUUGUACAAUUAUUUCUCUUCAACACUGGAAAUCUUGUUCUACGUAAUACGGAAGGUGUUAUUUUGUGGGAAAGCUUUGAUUUCCCCACAGAUACUCUUCUUCCUCACCAACUACUCACUAGAAACACAAAACUUGUCUCCUCAAGAAGCCAGACCAACUAUUCCUCUGGUUUUUAUGAACUUUUCUACGACAACGAUAACCUUCUUCGCCUUCUUUUUAAUGGUCCUGAUGUUUCAAGUACUUACUGGCCUGAUCCAUGGCUUGUAAGCUGGGAGGCUGGAAGGACCUCCUAUAACAAUAGUAGAAUUGCUGUCUUUAAUUCCAUGGGGAACUUUAGUUCAUCCGAUGAUUUAACUUUUAAGUCAGCCGACUAUGGAGCAGUGCUUCAUAGAAGAUUGACACUUGGUUACGAUGGUAAUCUUCGGUUGUACAGUUGGGAAGAGGGGAAGCGGACUUGGGUUGUUUCAUGGCAAGCCAUUCAAAAGCCUUGCACGAUUCAUGGUGCUUGUGGGGCCAAUAGUUUGUGCAAUUAUGUUAAUGGUUCUAACAGGAAAUGUUCUUGUCUUCCAGGGUACAAGAUGAAAAAUCGUACUGACUGGGGUUAUGGGUGUGAACCUGAAUUUGAUCUCUCUUGCAACAAAAAUGAGUCUAUUUUUCAGUUGCUAUCCACUGUUGAAUUCUAUGGGUAUGAUUUUGGGUUCUUCCCCAAUUACACCUUUGAUCAAUGUACGAAUUUAUGUUUGGAAGCGUGCAAUUGCAGAGCAUUCCAAUACACCUAUCACGAGGAUACUGGUUCUUCGAAUUGUUACCCUAAGACAUUAUUGCUGAAUGGAUAUCGUUCUUCAGAUUUCAAAGGAGACAUCUAUUUGAAACUGCCAAAAAGCAAAUACAAUUCAUACGUCAAUCAUGCAGAAGAAUUCGGUUUAGUUUGCUCAAAUGAAGGUACGAUAAAGUUGGCUAGAAUAUAUGUAAAAAACCGUGUAAAUGGGACAGUGAAAUUCAUGCUCUGGUUUGCUUGUGGAGUGGGAGGACUUGAAGUCUUAUGUAUCUUUGUGGUGGGCUGUCUUUUGAUUAGAACCCGGAAAUGUUCAGGUGCAGACAAGCAAGGCUAUAUUAUUGCUGCCACAGGAUUCAAAAAAUUUACCUAUGCUGAGCUAAAAAGGGCCACAAAGGGUUUCACUGAAGAGAUUGGAAGAGGUGCGUGCGGAGCUGUAUACAAAGGAGUAUUGUCUGAUAAGCGAGUUGUAGCAAUCAAGCGUCUCAAUGAAGCUAACCAAGGAGAAGGUGAAUUUUUAGCCGAAAUAAGCAUCAUUGGAAGGAUUAACCACAUGAACUUAAUAGAGAUGUGGGGUUAUUGUGCUGACGGAAAGCAUAGGCUUUUGGUGUACGAAUACAUGGAGCAUGGUUCUUUAGCAAAAAACCUCCUGGCCGGCACACUUGAUUGGGAGAAAAUGUUUGAAAUUGCUCAAGGCACUGCAAAAGGCUUAGCUUAUUUGCAUGAAGAUUGCUUGGAGUGGGUUUUACACUGCGAUGUAAAACCUCAAAACAUACUUCUAGAUUCUAAUUAUCAUCCAAAGGUGGCAGAUUUUGGUUUGUCUAAGCUACAAAAUAGAGGUGUUCUUCCUAAUUCAAUCUUCUCAAAGAUAAGAGGAACUCGAGGUUAUAUGGCUCCAGAGUGGAUUUUUAAUCUUCCUAUUACCUCCAAAGUAGAUGUUUAUAGUUAUGGAAUUGUUGUGUUGGAGAUGGUGACCGGAAAGGGCCCAACUAGAAGUGUUCAUGAUAUAAAUGAAGGUGUGGAGAUAGAACACGAAAGACUGGUUACAUGGGUUAGGGAGAAAAAGAAUGGAGAGGUUGCAAACUGGAUUGAAGAUAUCAUAGACCCCACAAUGGUAGCCAGAUGUGAUAUGGGUAAGAUGGAAAUUUUGGUUGAAAUGGCUCUGCAGUGUGUGGAGGAAGACAAAGAUGCAAGACCCACCAUGAGUCAAGUGGUUGAGAUGCUUCUUCACCAUGAAAAUGAUCAUCACUAACAUGGCAUGAUGGAUGUGGUCUUUUCAUAUUAUGCUUAGUUUGAUUUUAUCCUACCUAUUUAGUGCUGGACAUCUUAGUUCAUUGAACAAUAUCCUCUCCAUUUCAAGUGUUUUAAAUUUUAUUUUAUGAAUUUAGCAAUAUAUAGAGACUACCACAUCAUUAAACUUUUUAAAUAACAUGGUAGUUUGUAUUUCUUUAAUUUUGUAAAAUUUAAUCUUAACCAUGAAAUUGAUCUAUUUCAAAUAGAGAGAAUCUUUU